AUGGUAAAAUAUUGCUAAAGUUGUAAUGUUCAGAAAGCAUUCAUGGUCAGACCAAAAACUGGGAACCUGAUUUGCCAAAAUUGCUUCUUUUAAGCAUUCGAGGAGGAAAUUCAUCAUACAAUCAUAUCUACAUAAAUAUUGCCAUUGCUGCAUCCGGAGGCAAAGAUUCUACAGUCUUAGUUCAUGUUAUCACUUUGUUGA